AUGAAUAUUUCGAUUUGUGGAACUGUUCCAUCAUUUCGUACUGUAAUCCCUGGUCAACCGUCACUGAAUAAAUGUCGUUUUCAUUCAUCUGGUUCAUAUAUUGCUGUGGGUGACGAUAAUGGUCGUAUUCACAUGUUUGAUUUGAACGAAGCUAUGGCAACACCUCAUCCAGACGAGUGGGCGAUGUUUUCGCAAACAGUCAACGAACUUCGACAAACUGCGGCUGAACAGAGAGAGAAUGAAAAUGAUGCUUACUUAGGUCGCUCUCCUGUACCCAUCCUUCAUUAA